AUGAGGAAUACAAAAGCUAUUGCGGGACCAUACAACUGUUCGAAAGACAUAACAGAACUUGAAAUAGAACUACCAGAGAAAAAUCCAAUGCUCUAUGCCAUUUUACUCGAAGUGAAAGACAGAACAAACAACGCGAGACACGCACGACGCUUUGUUCUGUACGACAAUUCAUCAGAGAUUGUGAAGAAUGAUUUAAUACCUUUGAGGGUUGUUUCAGCAUCAAACCAAACAAACUUCAUAUGGCAAAUACACCAUGAAAGUAUUUGUUAUUCAUGGAAAAAUCGAUUUUUCAAUAACAAUUAUAAAAAGAACAACCCACUUCGUCCAAUCAAGUCAGAUUCAUAUGACUCAAUAAAAGGAAUUUACGAUCAAAGGUCAGGCGUUUUACCUGUGACGGGUACACAGAAUAUCAAUGGUUUAACUGAUUUUUCCUAUACUUUGUUGCGGAACGAUAUAAAUGUUGUAGUUUCCGAAAAAGUGCGGAAUUUUACGUCACAGUCACUAUGCCUUAAAACAAUUAUGAACGAUGGUGACACAUUCUUACUACGUCUCCGAGCUAGAGAUAUAAUGAACCAUACACUCAAUGAUAGUGUUCAAGUUCAUAUCGACCGAUCUGUACCGGAAAUAUCUGAUAUAUGGUUAAUUCGAAAUAGAAAAACGCAGCUUUAUGUUCAUCAUAGCUCAGACUUAUCUAAUAUACAUUUAGAGUUUAAGGCGUUCGAUUUACAUAGUGGAGUUCAGGAAAUCAAAUGGGCGUUUGGUAUUUAUGAAAACAAAACAGUCUUGAUAGAAAAAUCAAUAGCAGUGGCAGCAACGAACAAAUCGAUUUCAUGUGAAAAUACAACGUCUUGUUACUGUCCGAUAAUUGGUGAGUGUACAUCAACAACAUAUGUGGCAGACCUGAAGAAGCUGAAAACACUUAGCAAACAUGAAGGAAAUCAUAACAGGAGGUACUUCUUCACCGUGAAAGCAAUGAAUAAUGCUUAUCUCGUCGCUUAUGACCAUAUUGACAUAUUAGUUGACGAAUCUCCUCCAGAGGUAGGCGUGGUUUUGGAAGGUCCAGUAGGCAGUCCGGAUAUAGAUUAUACGAGUUUCAAUGAAGUCACUGCUCACUGGCAUGCAUUUAUUGACCACGAAAGUGGUAUUAAGUUAUAUAGAGUAGCCAUUGGUAGAAACUGUAUCCACAAUUUGAGAAACAUAGAGAUCGGUAAUUUUAACGGUUCAUUUGUACUAGAAACCCCUCACGAAUCAGCAAAAAUGGUGUUUCCAGAUGGUCAGGGUAAAUACCAUUUGACUGUUAUAGCGUUUAACUCCGCAAUGAGUCCUUCAAAGAUCGCUUGUUCUGAUGGAAUAACAUUCGAUGAAAGUGUUCCAGAAGUAGUAAACGUUAACAUUAAGCAUGCAAAGACUGUAGAAUCUAUCGGUUGUUAUGACGGCGUUCCAUGGCUCGUGAAGCAAAAUCUCUCAAGACAUCACAGAGGUUUUAUAGGAGAAAAAACUAUAUUCAUAUUCAUCAAAGUGCAAAACAGAGCUGGUCUAGACCAGAAGAUUUGGUUCGGACCAAUAUUAGCCGACGAAACACCACCAGUCUGUCAUGCUAUUUCAAAACCUUUGAUUGAUAAUGGUUAUGUUAUUGUUCAAUGGGGUAGGAAAACAUUUUACGACACAGAACAAACAGAAGAAAUUGGAUCAGUAAUGUUUCGUGUUGUCACACAGCAUUUGAUAGAAGCUACAAGAAAUUGUACUAAAUUAGAGUGUUUUCUAAGACUUAAAUUACACCAAGUGUGA